AGUCUUGACAAGUUGCUGUCUGAACUGUCUAACCCAACUUUAUAAAUACGAAAGUAAUAAAAGAAUAAGAAGUAUACUUUUUCAAUGGCUUAACGUUUGCGCAUUUUGAGUACUCGUCGAACUGGAUUGAACCAAAGUGCAUAAGGCUUCAAAAUGUCAGACAGCUUUUCAAAGAUUGACUUUGAUCAUAAUUGGCUGCCUGAAUCAGCAGUUUCCCUUACUCUUGAUUUGGGCCCUUUUGAAACAGUUCAUAAAUGGAAACGCAUGCCAGAUUGUGAUGAAUUUGUUGGUUUCAAAAGGAGCAAGCACACUAUAGUAGCACACCAGGAAGCUAUUUAUGUUUUUGGAGGCGAUAAUGGAAAAAACAUGCUUAAUGAUUUGCUAAGAUUUGAUGUCAAAGAACAAUCAUGGGGAAGAGCAUUUUCCACCGGGCAGCCCCCUGCACCGCGAUAUCACCAUUCAGCUGUGGUGCAUGAGUCAUCAAUGUUUGUAUUUGGUGGUUAUACUGGGGAUAUUCAUUCCAACUCAAAUCUUACAAACAGAAAUGAUUUGUUUGAGUAUCGCUUUCCCACAGGGCAGUGGGUUGAGUGGAAGUUUGUAGGAAAGACGCCAGUGCCUCGCUCUGCGCACGGUGCAGCCGUACAUGGAGGCAAACUUUGGAUAUUUGCAGGCUAUGAUGGGAAUGCUAGAUUAAAUGAUAUGUGGACAAUUUCGUUACUGCCGGGAGAACCGCGAACAUGGGAAGAAAUUGUCCAGAUUGGAGAAUGUCCACCGACUUGUUGUAACUUUCCUGUUGCUGUGGCACGCGAUUCUAUGUUCGUUUUCAGCGGCCAAAGUGGAGCCAAAAUUACAAAUAAUCUCUUUCAGUUUCAUUUUAAGAGCAAAUGCUGGACACGUAUCACGACGGACCACAUCUUGCGAUGUGCACCUCCACCUCCAACACGCCGCUAUGGGCAUACUAUGGUUGCUUAUGACCGUCAUUUGUAUGUUUUUGGUGGAGCAGCUGACAGUACUCUGCCGAACGAUCUGCACUGCUUUGACUUGUGUACACAAACUUGGUCAGUAAUUACGCCAUCUGCAGAUUCGCACCAAAUUCCUUCGGGUAGACUGUUUCACGCUGCUACUGUAGUUGGCGACGGAAUGUAUGUUUUUGGCGGAACAGUUGACAAUAACGUUCGCAGUGGAGAAAUGGUUCGCUUUCAAUUUUCAAGCUAUCCAAAAUGCACUCUUCACGAAGAUUUUGGAAAGUUACUCGAAACUCGCCAAUUCUGCGAUAUCGAAUUUGUUGUGGGACCGGAUGAAAAUACUGUUCGCGUACCUGCCCACGUAGCUCUUGUUGCCGCUCGGUCGCAAUGGCUCAGGACUCGAAUUCGUCAAGCAAAAGAAUCUCGUGAUAAACAUUUGGAGAAGGUUUUUGGUUCCUCCUUCGUUCCGUUCAAAGAUUUGCCGCUUCUGGAAGUGCGAUUAAGAGAAGCUGUUCCGGAGGCAUUUGAAAUGGUACUUAACUUCAUAUAUACAGAUUCUAUUGACCCUACGUUGAAAACGGGAAAAGAAUCAGCAACUAGUAAUCGCGUUGUUUUGCUCAUAAUGGACGUUUACCGACUGGCUGUUCAGUUCCAUAUGCGUCGAUUGGAGCAAUUGAGUGUACAAUAUCUAGAAUCUAUUAUCAACCAUCGGAACGUGUUGGCAGCGUUAGCAAAUGCCACCACCUUGCGAUUAUACUUUAUCAAAGAAUUUUGUCUACGCUUCGUUGUCAAAGAAUCAAAUUAUAACGCCAUCGUCAUGAGCAAUGAAUUCGAGACCUUAGAUCAACCUUUAAUGGUAGAAAUCAUACGGCGAAGACAAGUGCCGCAUGUACGUGCGCCCGUUGAGCCACAGUUUGAUAAUACAGGCACAAAUCUCGAACAAGACAUGGAAUCAUUUGUACGUUCAAUAGGAAAAGAAUUUUGUGAUGUUACACUGGUGCUAGAAGGAACAUCCAUUCCGGCGCAUAAAGCCAUUCUCGCAGCACGAUGUUCUUAUUUUGAAGCAAUGUUUCGUUCCUUUAUGCCCGAAGAUUCUACGGUGAACAUUGCCAUUGGGGAGAUGAUUCCUUCCAGACAGUCAUUCGAUUCCCUUAUACGCUACAUUUAUCACGGAGAUGUAAACAUGCCCCCAGAAGAUUCCUUGUACCUAUUCAGUGCCCCAUUUUUCUACGGUUUUACCAACAACAGGAUGCAGGCUUUCUGUAAACAAAACUUAGAGAUGAAUGUCACCUUUGAAAACGUAAUCCAAAUUCUUGAAGCUGCAGACCGUAUCCAGGCAAUUGAUAUGAAGAAAUAUGCUUUGAACCUCAUCGUUCACCACUUUCCAAAGGUGGCGAGAAUGCCUCGAAUACGCAGUUUAAGUCGAGAGCUUUUGCUCGAUGUAUUAGAAGCUUUAGCUGACGAUAUGAGUGACUCAAAACUUCAAGAUCUAUCAUGCACCAGUCUGAACAGUGAUGCAUAAAAGACAAAUUUUUAAUUUCCCACGGAUAAUUUGUAAAUAGUCGGUGUUAAUGUUUCAUCCUAAUUGAUCACUUACCUGUCUUACGCUUACACGAAAGUACUGUAAUAUAAUCACGCAAAAUUCGAA